UGGAACUCAGUAGGUGGAGCCAUGUGCUUUAUUUACAUAAUGAAUGUUUCCACUACCAAGGAAACCAGCUGAGCUUCUCUUGCGCAAACACUCCCAAACAGGAAGACUGUACCUGUUAGCCUGCGGUGGCAGAGAGCUGUCAGAUGUGCCGGUAAAGACCAGAAGAGAAGAAGAAGUGAACAAUAUAAGCACUGGGACCACACACUGAAGCACAAGGAAUACUGUGGAUAACAAAAGUGGAACCCAAACACCUGUAGACCAAACCAUCAGGAAACAGAGAGUCCUGACUCUCUAUCCAUUCUCUUCCACCCGUGGGAGACUGAAUCACGACCGCAGUACCUGGGAUAGUACUUUUUAACUGAUCCUUCAGCUAUGUUCAGCAAAAACAGUCUUCCCUCACCCAGCCUGGAGGACUCCUUCUUUCCUCUCUCUCCCUCCUCCUCGGUGUCUCUCUCCUUUGGUCGCCCCUCAUCCACAUCCUCCCCUGGAAGCACUGACAGUGGAGGAGGCAUAGAGACUGACCUGAUUCUAGCUGCGGAGCUGGGACGGGCUUUACUGGAGAAGAAUGAGGAGCUGGCAGCCUCUCUGGAGCAGAGGGAAAGGGAGCUGGAGGCUUUACAGCAGGAGAAGCACGUUCUUCAGAGGAAGCUGGAGAUGAAUGAACUGGCAUUUGGACAGAGGGAGGCGGAGCUAACUGCUGAUUUAACAACUCUGCGGGCUGAGGUGGAGAAACAUCAGAGUCAAGGGCGUGACCGGCGAAAAGAUGAAAGCGAGCAGAUGACUCAGUUAGCCAACCAUAACCAGAGACUGGUUGAGCAGCUGGCAGAGGCUGUGACACUGGAGCAUUCCUUGAGGACUGAACUGCGUACCAUCAGAGAAGAAAUGGAAGAAUCAUCUUUUAGCCGAAACAUCAGCUUCACACAGUUAGAAAACAUACAAGCAGAGAACAGAGUUUUGCAAGAGCGGCAGUCACACAUGGAGACACAACUAAAAGCUUCAGAGGAAGACAACCAAAGACUUCGCAUGGAGCGAGAGAGCUUGAGAGACAGACUGUCGGAAAUGCAGAUGAAACUCAAAGAGAAAGAAGCAGAGGUAGAGCAGGAGCAGGGAAUGGUGUUUGAGUUGCGCACCUUGAAUCGCUCUCUACAGCAAAAAGCUCUGAACCUGGAUGAUGACAGUAUCCUGGACAGGACACAAGCAGAACCUUUGUCUCUGCUGAGUGAAAUUCAGCAGUCACAGGCUAAAGAGGCUCUUCUAGCUCACUCCACAGUGCUGCAAGCGAGAGAUGAAGAAAUACAGGCACUGAAAGAAGAGCUUGAAGGUCAGAGAGAAGAACUCGAGUCUCUGAGGGAGGAAAUUCAGCUGUGCGGCCGCAGUUCAGGAAAGCCAAGCUACAGGUCCUUAGAAAGUGAACUGGUCACGGUGCGUCAAGAGAAAGAAUCACUAACUCAGCAGCUUCUCAACACCAUCAAGCAGAAGGUGGAGAUGUCUCAAGAGCUGGAGGCCUGGCAGGAGGACAUGCGGGUGGUGAUAAAUCAACAGGUUCAGCAAAGGGAGGAGGAGAGGAAGAAAGAGAGCGAGCGAGAAAAAGGUGCUACGGGACUCCAAAGGAGCAAGUCUUUGAGAAUGAAGGGAGAAGGAGCGAGAGGAUUCCUCUCUUUUUUCAAGGAUAUAUAAGAGCAAGAAGACUCCCAGGUUUAAAUGGACAGUAUCAGCAUUUAUCUUUGCCACUCUGUCUUUUGUGGCCAGAUAAUGGACACUAAUGCCAUAUUAGCAACAAGUGACUUGUUUACAUACCUAUAUUUGUAUAUAUGUAUAUACAAUGUAUUAUUAAUUUCAUACUUUAUAUUAAAAAAAAAGUCUCAACUGAGUUUUGGAUAUGUUAUAAUCUGUUCUUGCAUUAUUUAAGUCACUUCUAGUUCUUUAAAGGCAAAAGUUUACAAGAAUUUUAAAGGGAGCAUGCAAAUACGAGAAAUAAGAGAUUAAAAAGGACCUAUCAUUUUCAGGUCUUAUCCUUUACUAUGUUACACAUUAUUCAGUUCAAAAACAAUCCUGUUUUUUUAUCUCACACACAUUAGACCUCAGUGCAAUCUCACAACACACCCUCUCCUUUAAAUCCACUUUCUUACGACUAGCUGCCCCUGACAAACAGAAAGUGGGAUUUCUGUGUUAUCAGCAAGAGCUAUGCGCCUUACAUAAGCAUAUUAAAAGGUAUUCACUCUCACAGCCAUCAUCCAAAAUCAAACACAGAAAAAAAUGUCCAAAAUGUAGCGUCUUAUUGAGGUCUGAGGUCUGGGGUUCCACCUAUCUUUGCGCAGAUUUCAGUAUUUGAAACUUUGGCCUUGUUUAAAAGGGGCAUCCACCACUAAAACAGUAUAUCAGGGAAAAUCAUCACAACUUAAUGGAAGUUAAUGGGAAGGAAUAUUUGCAUGUGGAUCCGAGAGUGGAAAAUGUUCCGUUUAAGCAAAUUCUUAAUGAAUGUGCAAUCUUGGUCUCUAAUGAUUUAAGCGAAAAUUAUCUGGCUUUCGUGUUUGUGUCUUGCUGAGCUAUGAAUAAGCAACAGGACGUAAAAAGGUACCUUGGUGCUGAGUUUAGGUUCAGACUUACUGUAGGUAGGUAACUGUCUGCUGAAAUGCAUGACAUACAGUCAAAAGAAACAAUGACAGAAAUAACAUCUUUAAUAAAUUAAGUUCAAAAAGAUAGCCAUCCCUUCCAUUUCUCUCCAUGCUGACAUUAUAUAAUGAAUAAACCAUAUAUAUGCAACAUUUCCCAGUUGAAGAGGACUGGAAAUGCUCAAACGCAGUACGAGUAGUGCAGGUUGCAUACAGUCAGUGUUACCAAAUGCCUUCAUCUAUACAGUAUACAUACAGCGCAGUCCUCAAUCAGCAGACUUAGUGCAUAGCCUCUUUCUCAACCCUCAGAACCUUAAAUUACUAUAUACAGUAUGAAGCAGCACCUUUCUCUGUGUGGAUUGCACACUAUAAUAUGCCGGCACAAAAAAAAAGAAGAUCUGUACCCAAUCAAACAAACAUUCACCUACUCAUGCAUAUUUUUUAAGGUUCUUACUGACGAUGAGCCGACCCAUUUACUCAUACUCAGAUUCAGCAUUUGCUGGCAUUUGGAAUGAUCCUCUAAGCGUUUGCUUGUGUGCAGAUUAGCCCACACAGACUGUCUUUUUAUGAGUAAGCGCUGAAGUUUUUCAGUUUUAUGCUUUCUCUGUUUGUGUCGUGGUUAGAGAGCACCAAAUGAUUGUACAUUCAAGCUAAAAUUUAAUGUUUUGGCAGGUGAGUUGAUGAGCUUUGUUUUUAAUUGAUACUGGCGCUGAUGUAAACCAAUCACUACCUGUUAGAUGGGCAAACACAU